GUUAAUGGCUGGGUGGUGGUUUGGAGGGGAGGUUUCAGCAGCUACACGUUUAAAACGAGCUGGCACACUCAUUUUCCCAGACUAGCAGGCACCAUUAACCUACACUUAUGAGAAAGUCGCGACGCCAGAAACUGAUCACCGCGAGUCUCAGAUUUACUUUUACUUUGCGUCAGACGUUUGACAGCCAUGACUGCUUCAAAUCUCGGCAAUGGACCGGAAAAGAGCUUCAGCGCCAAAGAGGAGCGUAAGCUUCGAAAGCCUCUGAUAGAGAAGAGACGUAGAGAACGCAUCAAUUCAAGCCUGGAGCAGCUCAAGGGUAUUAUGGUGGAUGCCUACAAUUUGGAUCAAUCAAAGCUGGAGAAGGCGGAUGUUCUGGAGAUAACUGUGCAACACAUGGAGGGCCUUCAAAGGGGCCUUGGACCAGCGGCCAGUCAGGGACCCAGUGUGGCUUUUGAAUCUCGCCAGCGAUACAGUAGUGGUUAUAUCCAGUGUAUGCACGAGGUGCAUAAUUUGCUCCUCAACUGCCCUGGCAUGGACAAAUCACUGGGCGCUCGUCUUCUGAACCACCUGCUGAAGGCUCUGCCCCAAAUCAGUGGAGAGAGCGGUGCCACGGGCAGUGCUGCCACCACCAGUCCUCUUCCUCUUCCCACCUCGCCUACACAAUCUCCACUGGCUCUUCCCUCCUUUCAACCCCGUCCUCUCCAACUACACACCCCUCCCUCUCCUGCGAGCCCCCCCUCACCCAGCAGCCCCCACUGCUCUCCUGGAAUUCUCUUGCAGAGAGACGGGGCUGGCAUGAGGCCCUCCCCACCCCGAUCACCCUCCCCCCAACCUUUAGCCCCUUCUGCCCUUCCCCCCGCCUUCCCAGGGGGUGACCCUUCUAUGUGGAGGCCGUGGUGAAGAAGUGAAACCCUCUACCACUUUUCAUUUGCCCUUUCCCCCCUUCUUCCACUCUUCCCUAAUAGUGUCCAUUACAUCCUCAUCUCCCGGGAUGUUUGAGUGCUGGGCCUUUUCACUCUGAAAGCGGAGAGGUCACCGAAUAAUAGUAGGUCUCCGAGCCCCUGGGGGUUUUGUGGCAUCGUUUGAAGCACUAUUCUUUAUGGUUGAUUUACUACGGUGUGGGCUUGUUUGGAAAUUUGAAAAACAAAAGGGAACCACCACCAAGGAUGCUCACUUAGAAUUGAGUGCAUGAGAAAAAGAAUUGUUGCUUCAUUACUUGAUUGUACUGUUAUUUUGGUAAACCAGGAAGCAAUAUACUUUGCUUAAUUGUAUUUCAUUUUGAAAAUAUUUUUAAAUGGUUCUUUGCCUCUUAUGUUUUUCCUUUUCACUAUUUUUAGUGUGGCCAUUUCACUAAAGUUUAGUGUGGCCUGAUGCAUUUUACACUAUACCUCUGAUCAACUGGUAGUGACUGGUUUCUGCUACAAAAUAAUGGACAAGUGUUGGAAUGUCCUGAAUACACUGAGUAUGUAAAUAUGUGCCUGAGAUGCCGUGACCUCUGACACUUUUCUUGCUGACACUAGAUGUUUAGACUUUACUGGUCUCCAGUUGUCUGACUUGGAGCAUUUUGUACAUAAAAUCAAGUUCAGGUGCAAAACAUAUGUUAUUUACAUGCCCACUCUGUGUGCUGGGUAUCAGAAUACGCUGUAAACAUUUCUGUGAAUAAAGACAUAAACAUCCA